CACUGGGGUCAUCCUACAUGCUGUCAUACUACUACACUUUCUGAGUGUCUGAAGUGAACGUUUUCCGAAUGUGGCCUUUGUAUUUCGUAGAUUAUGUUUCUUGUACGGCAGUUUGGGCAUAAAGCUUUUAUUUUCAACAAAACACUUCCCUUCCAGUGUCGACUCUCACAGAGUUUUCCGUAUGGGAGCAGCAGAUCCUCUGACAAUGACCGUGACCAGGAUCAAAGUGGACUCGUGGAUAUUCCAAUUGAUCGCUUGAAAAUCAGCUAUAGCCGAAGCAGUGGACCCGGUGGUCAACAUGUAAACAAAGUUGUGUAUGCCUACACGUGUAUGUGUGUAGUGAACUCCAAAGCAGAGGUUCGUUUCCAUGUGCAAACGGCUGAUUGGAUUUCAGCAGAGGUGCGCACUGAGCUUCUGCAAAGGUUUAAGACUCGUGUGAACAAGGCAGGGGAACUUGUGGUCACGUCAGAGGUGAGUCGCAGUCAACACAGGAACCUGGCCGAUUGUGUCCAGAAGAUUCGCCACAUGAUCUCAGAGGCCAGCUACACGCCUCCAGAGCCCUCCGAAGAGGACCUCGUUCUCAGGGCCCAACGGUUGGAGAAAAGAGACCAGGAGCGCUUGAAGCAGAAGAAACUCCUGUCUGCACUGAAGAAGUCACGGCGCAUGGAUUUCGACUGAAAUAUCAGGGAAUAUCAAAGCCUAUCACUUGAAAGAAACCAGAGACUGCAGUUCUGUGAAUACUCACACUUAAACCCAAGUCAUAUUUAUUUAUUUAUUUAUUUAUGUAUUUGUGGGAACAAAUAAUAAAACACCUUUUACAUA